CCACCUAUGAAGUUUUAUUUUUGUUUACGUCGGCGCGAAUGCAAUUCCUUUACACGACAUUGUUUUGGGUCACUUUGGCAUUGCUAAAUCAGUGGCCAGGGUCUUCAAUUACAUAAAUAGCAAUGAGUAGUUUCUACGGGCAAUUAGCGAAAGAUGCUCUGGGCGAUGAAGUGUCUGAUGUGUCUGAGGGCGAACUGGAAAAAAUGCUUGCAAGCAUGGGCGACUUAGACGCAGGGCUAUUUGGCUCUACAAGUAUUACAAAGGCUGCCUCAGCAGACAAACAUGGCACUUUGACUACUUUUCUCAAUAAAGAUGACUUGGAAACAGAGUCACCAGAAAAGACAAAACCUCCAAAAAUUGCAGUAGAAGAAUCGGCACCUAUCAUGCCAAAGGUAAAAAAGUCGCAGCUUUUGGCCGAGCUGUUCGGCUCUGAUGACGAGAGUGCAUUUGCCAAACCUGCUUCCGACUCGGACAUUGAAACUAAAAAUCUAGUACUGCCAUCAAACACCAAGUCUUCAAGCAUUCCGUUACAAGGCCAAGAAAAUAAAAGUGGCCCAAUUUCUUACGAGCCCACAGUAGGAAGUAGAAAGAGGCAAAAUAUUGUUAAAAACAAACCAAUACAUGACAUGUGGAGCGAAUUCCUUAAAUCUGAACCAUCACCUGGAACUACCAAAGAAAGUCCUGACAUACUGGCGAUUGAAAACAGCAAAGAGAAACAACCGGAAAAGCCACCAGCUGAAAUUAUUGGUGUAAUUCAAGCUGGACGACGCAAUGAAAUAAUACAAUCUCACAAUCAAGCAAAAAUUGACCCCAGUGACAAUUCUGGGCCAAUGAAACUGAGCGAUGAACUUAUAGAAAGAGUCGUGUCAUUGGUAAAAGAGGAGCAGCAAAAAAUAAAAGAUGAUUUAAUAGCUAGAAUGGACCAAGAAUUUGUUUUGACUAAAGAAGAGAAUAUGUCAUUAAAAGAAGAGAUUGCUAACAUGCACAAAAUUAUAACAGACCAAAACACUCUUUUGGAGGAAAUCAAGAACGAUCAGCACCUUAUGGAAAUUAAUUUUAAGGAGCAAAUGCACAACUACACAAAUCAGUUUUCACAUGUAUUUGACGAAUUUGAAAUGAAGCAAAGAGAAAAAGCUUCAUACGCUCAGUGUCAGAUUUCACAACUGGAAGAACGAGUUCAAGAUUUGCAACAAUUAACAGACACAAUGCAUCCACUGCAGAUUUCCAUGAAAGAAAGGCUUUCUGGACUACAGACAAAUGUUGAAAAAUCCCAAGAAAAUAUUAUCAGCAAAUUAGAGCGUUUCCGAGAAGUUAGUGUGAUGGAACAGAAAAAAAUUAAAAGCCACUUUGAGGAAAAAAUACUGAAGAUAAAUAGCCAAGCCGGUGACUUCGAACUUCUUGAGAAGAAAGUUAUUUUUCUAGAAAACAAAGUGGCAAAACUCGUAUCUUGCAUCAAUGAAACAAGACAAGAGGAAGAAUUACUUAAAAGACUGACAAAAAGUGAGGACGGAAUUCUUCAGAAGCUAAAAUAUUUCAGCAGUCAACAGAUCCGACAAGAAAACUGGCACCAACAGCAGCUCUCUGACGUUUCCCUAUGCGUCGACCAAAGACUGUGGGGCCUCCAUCAGCACCUGGAAAUGACUUUGUCCAGUUGCAGAGGAGAGAUAAGCAAUUUAAGGAGUGACAUGACUAACAGACUGAGUGACAUGGAGGGCAAAGUGGUUUGCGCCGAGAACGAAACUAGUCGACUUAGCAGACUGGCAGAACGAUUGUGCUCGCUUUUGCAACUGUGGGAACUCAGGAACAAAGAGUCAGCAAAAAUACAGUUGGUUGCAGAGCAAAGUCUGAAAGAAAGAUUUUCCCUUAUUAUGACUGAAAAGCAACUCCAGGAAUAACUAUAAUUUUAUAUCAACCCAAUAAUUAGAUUUCUGCAGGAUUGCAUUCACUCAAUAUUUUUGUAUGACACUUCAACUUAAUUACCGAUGUUAAUUAUAAAAUUUAUUUAAUUAAUAUGAGAAUAAAUUUUCACUGUAAAGCAAUUUUACGCACUGACUCAACCAUUAGUCUGAACUAGUUCUACAAAAUAAUCAAAAAUCAAUUCAUAGCAAAAUAAUAAAAAAUUUAUUGAAAAAAAGGAAACUCAAAAUUUAAUUAAUAGCCUUAAACCGGGAAAGGUUGCGCAUAAAUAUGGAC